CAGGCUUGCAAUCGAGUGGAUCUGCUCCUUGGCCUAAGUUGGUUAAUUAUUAGUGUUUACUUUUCUUUAGUUUCUCGUGUUUUCUUACAGGUGGUAUGGUAGGCAAGUUUCAUUCGGCAAGAACAUUGCUGUUAUUUUCUAGGCUCUGUGAUUUUCUCUGUAUUUCUGUCUCAUGCAUCAAAAAUCCUUGAAGUAUCAAUCCAUUAGAACCAGGAACUUGCCUAAUGGAUCUUGCAGGGCCAAUCAUUGAAAUGCUGAAUUGCCUAAUGCCUCCAGUGUGCAGGCAUUUGGAACAUCAUAGAAACCUUCAACAAAAUAUGGAAGAAAUGAGAAGGAGAUUGGGAGAUCUAAACAGCCUAAAAGAAGAUAUAAAAUCAAGAAAACAGACUGCAGAGGCUAGCUCAACAAAAGCAGUGAGGGAAGAAGUGAAGCGCUGGCUUGUAAAUGUACAAACCAUCAACAAUGAAAUUCAAAAUGUUGAACGGAAGUUUCAAAGUGUUUCUUGCCUCUGUCGUGGCUCCCUUGGAAAACGUGUUCAGAAGAAGAUUGAAGUAGUAAAAGAACUUCUUCAACAAGGAAGGUUCCCUGACAACAUUUUCAUUGAUAAACCUCCAAGCAGUGGAAUGACAUUGCCAAUAGAGGAUGCAAAAGGUCGAUCCGAGGUGAAGGAAGAAAUCAGGGGAUACUUGAUGGGUAAUGAUGUUGGAAUAAUUGGAGUUUGGGGUCCUGGAGGAAUUGGGAAAACAACUAUUAUGAAGAACAUCCACAAUGACUUAGUAAAUGAGUCAAAGUUUCAGAAAGUGAUUUGGGCCAUUGUACCAUAUCCAGUCAGUGUUGUUAAAUUGCAAGAUAACAUUGCUAGUAGCAUUAAAGAGGAACUUCCAGAAAAUGUGACUGACGAGCAGCGUGCAGCUACAUUAUUAAAGAUUUUGAGCAGAGUGAGAUUUGUCUUGAUUUUGGAUGAUGCCUGGGGAAGGUUGUCUUUUGAGGAUGUUGGAAUCCCAAAACCAACACAGCAAAAUGGUUGCAAAGUAGUUAUUACAAGCAGAUUGAUUGAGCUGUGCAAUCAUGUUGGUUGUGAAAAAGUUAUUAGGAUGCAGCAACUUCCAGAGGAAGAAUCUUUGAACUUAUUCCUGGAUACGGUGGGACAUGAUGUUAUGAAAAUUCCAAAGUUAGAAGAAACUUUGAACCUUGUGGUGGCAGAGUGUGCAGGUUUACCUCUUGCUAUCGUUGUAAUAGCUAAGAGCAUGAGGGGAGAACAUGAUAUUUCUAUUUAUGAUCGUUUGAAUGAUCCAGAACUUCAGAAUUGUUUCCUCCAUUGUUCCCUAUAUCCUAAAGAUGGGAGCAUUGAGAGAUAUGAAUUAAUACAAGAUUGGAUUGACAAUGGGCUGAUUGAACAGUUAGAGACUAGAAAAGCAAUGCAUGACAGAGCCAGUUUUAUUUUAAAUAGUCUCAUAAAUAAAUGCUUGAUAGAGAGAGCGGAGUAUUACUCAGAUCAUAUAAGAAUGCAUGAUGUGAUGAGAGAAAUGGCAUUGCAAGUUGCUGGUCCUAGAUUUAUGGCAAAAGCUGGUUUGUGGCGAGGAGAGGCACCAGAAGCAAAUGAAUGGACGGAAAACCUUGAGAAGGUUUGGCUCAGUGAAAAUGGAAUAACAGAUUUUGCUUCUAGUAUGUCUCCAAACUGUCCAAAACUCUCAGGCUUGGACUUGUCGCGGAACCAUGUUUUGAGGCAGAUUCCAGAUUCUUUUUUUGCACACAUGAUUGGCCUCAAGUUUCUAGUUCUCUCUUGGACUGCUAUUGAAGCUUUACCUGAUUCCAUUUCCAUUUUAGAAAAUCUCACUGUAUUACGGCUUGAUUAUUGUCGUAAAUUAAGAUACAUGCCUUCGUUAGUAAAGUUGAAGGCAUUGAAGAAGUUGGAUCUAAAGCAGGCAGGGAUUCUGGAGGUCCCACAAGGCAUGGAAAUGUUAGUGAAUCUCCAACAUCUUGAUCUAGAUUGUCCAGAUCUGGUGGGGCUACCAACGGAAAUACUCUGUAACCUCACUCAUCUCCAGUUUCUUGCAGUGGUUUUGAAAUCUACUACUUUUGAAAUGAAAGCAGAAAAGGUGAUUAAGCUGAAGGUGUUGGAGACUUUUAUAGGUCAAUUUGAAGACCUUCAAGUCUUUAACAAUUUUGUUAAGUCUUUCCAUGAGGAUCAAAAGUUCACUAGGUACUGGCUUAGGGUGGGAUCUACUGGUGGUAGGGGCACUGCUUUUGAUGGGAAGAUGAGAUUAGAUGGAUUCAAACUGGGAAGAGAUUACUCUGAAUUGCUCGCAGGUGUGGAAUUUACAAAGAUUAUUGCUUUAAGUGGUGUGCAAAUUGGAAGAGUUUAUUCUGUAUUGCCUCUAAAUGAAGUUCAACUUUUAAAGAUUACAGAGUGCAACGAUGUGAAAAUCUUAAAUGAGACUUCUUGGUUCAAUACAGCAACAGAUUUAAGAUAUUGUGAGAUCAAUGAUUGUAAAGGAUUAGAGUGCAUGCUUGACUUAUUCUCAUCGUCCUCAGUCUGCAGCUCAUUUGAUAAGCUUGAAAUUCUACAGCUUAAUAAUUUGAGUAACUUGCAAGUACUUGUGAAAGUGGAAGCUCAAGCAGCAUCGGCUCCCUCGACAUUACGGGCACCAAGACCAACACCUUCUUCCAUAUUUUCCAACCUUAAAUUUUUUAAAAUAAGAUGCUGUCCAAGAAUCAAGAAGCUGUUUCCAUUUCAGCUGCUGAAAGGUCUCCAAAACUUGGAGGAGAUUGAUGUUGAAGAUUGCCAAAGAGUGGAGGAAAUAAUAGAAGUGGAAGACGAAAAAGAAACAAUCACAACAGUGGGAAACAAUGAAACCAUCAGAUUAGUUCUUCCGAAUUUAAGAAAGUUGAGAUUAAAGAAAUUACCAAAAUUGAAGAGCAUCUGUGCUACAAGAGGAGUAAUGGUUUGUGAUUCUCUUCAAAGUAUCAUAAUAUAUGAGUGUCCUAUGCUAAAUAGGAUCCCUUUAUAUCUGCCCCUGCUUCCCAACGGUGAGCCCUCUCUGCCUUCUUUACUUGAAGAAAUCUGCAUAGAGUCUAAAGAAUGGUGGGAAUCGCUGUUUUGGGACAAUCCUUCUGCUAAGGAUAUCUUCCUUCCCAUCUUACAGCCAUGCGAUGAUCAUUCACUUCACAGGGGAUUUGAUGACCUAAAAGACUACAACAAUUUUGUCAAGUCUUUUCAAGGUCAAAAGCUUACUAGCUAUGAGCUUAGUGUGGAAGCAACUGAUGACGAUGAUGACAAUGAUGAUUCUUCCGAUGCUGCUUCUAAUUUUGAUCCCGAAACCGAUGACGAUGAUGAUUGCUCUAAGACGUUGUAUUUGGGUGGAAUGGAAAGCAGUGGAGAUUAUCCCGCAUUGCUUCCGGAUGACGUUCAGGCUUUGUUCAUUGCAAAGUGCUGCGGUUUUAAAAGCUUAAACGAUGCUUUUGUAUUAAAGGUAUUAUCAGAUUUAAGAUCAUGUACAUCUUGUCCACAAACACAGCCUUUCAUCUUUUCCAAUCUUAAGAAUCUGUUAAUAUACAAAUGUCCCAAAAUCAAGAAGCUGUUUACACCUGAGUUGUUGAAGGGUCUCCAGAACUUGGAGAGGAUUGAUGUUACUAGCUGCGCAAAAAUUGAGGAAAUAAUGGAAGUGGAAGAAGAGAAAGAAGCUCUCAAGACAGAUGGAAAAAAUGAAACAAUUACUUUCAUUCUUCCCAAAUUGAAGGUCCUGUCCUUGGUGGGCUUACCAAAUUUGAAGAGCAUCUGUGCUGCAGGAGGAGUAAUGGUGUGUGAUUCUCUAGAAAAAAUUGGAAUAGUUGAAUGCCCAAAGCUAAAGAGGAUCCCUCUAUGUCUGCCCCUGCUUCCCGAUGGAGAGCUCUGUCCUCCUCCUUCAUUUAGAAGAAUCUACACAAAGUCAAGAGAAUGGUGGGAAUCUCUGGUGUGGGACAACCCUUCCACUAAGGAUAUCCUUCUUCCAUUCCUAACUAUAGAAGGGUAUUUGCCUUCCAUUUGAGAGCAAUGGACAGACGCUUCUAAAACUGAAGAUGAAUGAUCUAGUCUCCACAAGAGUUCUUACGAUGUCGAAGCAAAUUUCUUGAGUAGAGGAGCAGAGCAAAAGCAAAUGAGAUUCGUCUCGUGUGGUUUGAAUUGUGAUGGUAUUGUUUUCUUCAUUUCAUCUGACAUUAGCCCACUUGAACUUGGAUUAAUGCUUGUUUUCUUGUAUAAUGAGUACUUUGUUUAUGUUGCACUAGCAAUGUCCGUUCAAAUGAUUCUAUUUAUGAUAGUUUGCUUGAUGAGCAACUCUCUUAAAGACAGCUUAAUUUCUUGUAUUGUAUUGUGUAACAAACAAUGACACUGUUC